AACAAAAGACCAUUGGACGCUCAUUGGAUGCUUUGUGUUGCAAUUCUCCUAAUCAUUUUAGUUUGACUGAAACGUAUACUCGUUGUUUCAAACACAAGUUAAAUACAUGUCAGAUUCUUAUACCAACAUGCCCACCUUCAAAGGCUUGUCGAAAGUUGCUUUCUUGGGAAUAUCAGUAUCUUCAAAUGAAGAUCUUUUUACAAUAUUUCAAAGUUCGAUACUGAAUCGAUAAGUUUCCAGCCUCACGCAGAAGGAAUUACGUAAUAGUGAAAUAUAUUGUUGUGGACAUUGGAAGAAUUUGAUGUCACCACCAAAGAAGGCAAAGACUGUUCUGGGGUGCCAUCGUGGUGGACUAUCUUCCAAAAGGCCAGACAAUAAGGAGAGCAUAUUAUGCUGCGCUUUUCAGGUAAUGACGUGAUGGAUUAAAUACAAAGAGACAUGGAAAGCUAAGACUUUGUGUGCUCUUCAAUACGCAAGUGCGCAAAUCAGUAAUCAAUCACCCUCUGGAUGUUGUUAUGUUUGUGAUGAAACUGAGAUUCAUAUCUAAAACAUGAAUCGUAUUGUUUAGCUAUAACCAUGUCAAAAGCAGGUGCUUGCUUUAUCUUGAAUACUUCCAAUGUUUACCACUGUUGUGAUAGACUUGUCACAAAGUAAUAUUGAUUUACAGUUAACUCUGAACAAAACCUCCCAUUCACGACCUCAGUUCUGCAUCCUUCAGAGACUCAGCGAACCUGGUGUAUUGUGGCAAAGCUUUGAUUAUUCUGUGUAUUACUUCCAUGUGGAUUCCUUUUGGAUUGGACAACUGCUAUCAUCGUGCUGAUAUGAUGACCAACAAAACCUUUCAUCACUUUGGUCAAUUGGGAAUAAUAUACAUUUGUUGUCAGAUACUUUCGAGUAUGGUACCAGUAACAAAUACAUGUAUGCCGGAUCUUCAUUAUGGAAAACACCUAGUGAGAUCAACGUUUAAGAUAAUCGAGAAAUCAUCUCUGUUCUCCUGUGCCGCUGAAUGUGUUUCAUAUGGAAUAUGCAAGUCCUUCAAUUUUGGAUUUGGGAGGAGAACGUGCCAUCUAAAUGUAUUUGAUGACCUCCAAUAUCUGGAAGAUGGAGGGAAAGAGGAUUUCAUUUACAGUUCAAUUAUGAGUUGGAACAAGACAGCACUUGGUCCUUGUCAUAACAUCAUGUGUGGAUACACGCAGAGAUGCAGUACUAUGAGAAAUGGCAUCGUGCAGUGCGUGGAGGAACUUCUACCUAAUAUUGCGAAAUAUAAGCCAGCAAAUGCAAGUUCAGUGUGGCAUCCUGAAACGUUCCAGCCUAGUGUUGCAGUAGACGGUGAUGUUACAGCGACAUGGUCAUCUGGAUCCUGUUUUACUGUUGACAAUGGGGAUUUCUCACCCUGGUGGCAGGUGGACCUUCUGGACAAAUACGUCGUUGUGGAAGUCCGUGUCACCAGUAGAGAAGACUGUUGUCCUGAACGACUUCACGACUUCGCCCUGGACGUGUAUCAAGACGACCCUCUUGUCUACCCUAGUGGCAGUCCACAACUGUGUUACAUGUACAAUGGAGCCGUCACAGAGCGUGGCAAGACAGUUGCCAUACAGUGUACUUCACCCUUGACUGGCCGUUACCUGAGACUUAGUGGACACAAAACGAUUAACAGUCGUGAUAUUCUGCAGUUUUGUGAAGUCCAGGUCUUUGGCUUCAAGCUGUUACUAUGAAUACGUCGCUGUCGUUUGCCUGUUGAGAACCGUUCAUUCGUACCACCAGUGAUAUUCCGCCAAGAUGGAUAAAUAUCUUAGGGGAUUUAUGGGUCUCAAGUGCUUGAUACUGUGUUUGUGCAAUCAGAGUCAUUGGACGUGGUGUGUUCAAACUCGACAGAUGAAUUUGUUAGAAAGUAACUUUGCUGACUUUGAUUGACUGUACUUUGUAUUUCAUUUUAAAUGGAGUGUAUGUGAAGGUUUAGUUGGACCAAAUGCGUGUUGUUGUCUCCUUGUACGAGGGUUGAUUGAUAAGUUCUGAGCCUCAAAUAGAAGGCAAUCUCUAGCUGCGGACAUUACAUGAUGUCAAAGAGGUGUAUCCAGAAAUACUUGAGUCAACUGAGCAAACUGUUUCACUGUGACAUCUUAGCAGCUAUGAAACUGGGAUAAAAUCCCUCCAACAUCGUUGACAAAAGUGUAUCAAUGUUGAAGGUGAUUCUUUUGAAAAAUAAUUGAUUUUGAUGUCUUUAGGUCAAGUGUUUCUGUGUGAGGAUCAGAACUAAUCAAUCAUCCGUCGUAUGUAAUACAUUAUUGAGUGUGUUCAUCAUAUAUUAUCCAGUUUGAAUUGACACGUAUGUCUCUUCAGUUCAGUGUGAGUCUAUAUCAUGAAUUAAUUAUAACCCCAAGGAGAUCCCGAGUUUUCAGUCCCGGUAACGUGAUGGGUCGUGUCAUCCUACCCAGAUUGGUGGAAUAUUGACGAUUGCGGCCAUUAACUAGAAAUACAAGGAUUGUGUGCUGCUUUCACAAAUCAAUUUGAUUCGUUGCUACUGUAUUUUGACUGAUCACAUUGAUACAAAUGUGACUCGAAAUACAUUCUACAAUUUGACUUACCGGAGAUCCACACCAUCCUUCGGAAUAAUAUUGAAAUAAUUUAAACUUUUUGUAUUUAUCUGUUUGUAUUCAACUUUUAAUAACUUUUGCAGCCAUUUUCCUCUUAGUGUUGAUCCACAUUUCUUUCAAAGUUGUGAAUCUGAGCUGUUCAUGCACGUGUUUAACACUUAUUUAUUAGAAAUAUACCCUUCCACAGUGUACUGUACAGUAUCAACACAAAAGGCUGUACCUUGUCUCUGUAACAUCUGACAGGAAAUGCGUCAGAGUAAUCUGUGCAUGAAUUUAGAUUCUCACCUAGCAUCACAUAGUUCUGCACAAUGCAGCCCCCUGUACGUUUCUUUGAUAGUGACUUCAACUUUCCAAUAGUCUACUUUACCGUUAUGAGGAGCCUUUAAUGUCUACAUUUCAGAAGAUUACAGGCAGUUUAUAUUUCACAACUGCCUGUAAGUCUGUACCAUUGUUACCACGUCCACCUUGUUGUUUUAUAUAUAUCCACGCCAUGCUUCCCCUGUAACUGUAG